UUGUUAAAGAGAAACAAUAGCAUGUCAGAGUCUCAGUCACAAGUCACCGAUAAAAUAUACAUAUUGGGAAAGAGAUUUGAUGUAUCUGCAUCCCAGCAGGUGGUUAUGAAACUCUCAAAAGGUGUGGAACAAGCAAUUGAUCAUCUUGGAGACACAGAAGAUGAAAAUAUCAAAUCAGAUAUUGCUAUUGCACAGAAAUAUUUGGAGGAUGCAGCUCGGUCUAAGCAGUUAUUGGAUAAAAUGUACCAGAAAGCCAAGGAAACCAGCAAAGCUGUUAUACUGGCUAAAAUACAAGAGAUGACUGAAAUAAUCACAAGCACUGUACAUGAACAGCUUGAGAAAUCCGUGAACGAAAUGGUGACGUGUGGAGAGACGUUAUGCCCAGCUGUUAUGCAAGAACAUCUGAAAAAAGAUAUCUUGGAAACAGCCAAACAUAAAAGUCAACUUUCAGAAAACUAUGUACAAGAAUGGAUGGAAAAACAAGCUGGAUCAGCUAUAGCCAACAAAGCAAGUGAAUUACAUCUGUCAGCAGCAACUGCAAUAUGCAACAAAAUCAUUGAUGAUAUACUGGAUUCCCUGGCCAAGUCUAGAAGACAACUUAAUAUGCAUUUGUCAGAAAUAAGUCAGCAAGAGAAAAUAAAAAGAGAUCAAGAGCAGAAAAAGGAAGAUGAAGAAAAGGAAGUUGAAGAUGAAGAAGAGGAAGUUGACGAUGAAGAGAAGGAAGUUGAAGAUGAAGAGAAGGAAGACAGUGUUGAGAAGAAAGAUGAUGAAGAGAAUGAAGAAAAUGAUGUGGUCUCAAGUCCACUUAAAGAACCCGGUAUUGAAAAUGUUAUGAGCAUCAUGAGAAAGAGGUUGAGUCAGAGACCGAAAUCAAUCAUCAUAACAGACUCAACCAAACUUAUCCAUGACGUAUCCCCCAUGGAGACACCUGAAACUACUCCCACUAUGCCAGUAAAAGCCUUAAUGAGAGUUAAAGACAACUCCAGUUCUGAUGAUGAGCCAGAUAUAGGGGAACAAAGAAAAACAACCCCAAAUGGAAAUGAUAACAUCAGUCAGGACAGUAGUUUCGGGGCUUCUUCAGGAGAUGAACUCGGGCAUGGUAAAGAAAUAUCUGUUACACCCGUUUCGCCUGUCACACCUAUCAAGCAUGUCUCCCCAGAAGUGAUCAGACCUCCUUCAGCUUCUCCAAUAGAAGACUUCGGUGAUUUACCAACACAGCAUACACCACUGAACCGUAUAACAUCAGGUCGACCUCGACCUAACCGAAAUAUAAAAAUUAGGCCAACAAAGCCUAUCGUGGCAAUUGCAGAAGAGGCAAAAGUAAACAACACUGGGACAGUAACAACAAAUGCAAUAGUUGAAAAUCAGAAUCUAGGAGAAGAGAAAAAUAUCAAUGUGACAGAAGGGGUUGAAACUUUCUUCUCCACAAAUAAUGUCUUGAGUCCAGAGAAUGUACGACCAGCGCAAGUAAAUACCAAUGUUACAUCACCUAAAAGCCCGGACAAGAAAAAAAUGGCAAAGAAGGAUAAAAAAGAGAAGAAAGGAAAGAAAGAUAAAAAAGACAAGGAUGAAAAAGAUAAAAAAGAUGAAAAAAAAGAUAAAAAAGAGAAGAAAGAGGACAAAGACAAGAAAGAAAAAAGCUUUCUAUCAGGGUUUAGGAAACUGCCGAAUCCUUUUAGCAGACAACCUAAAACACCCCCAAGAGAAAUGUCACCAAGUAGCGAGUCCAUAAGGUCAAGAUCAUCCAUCAGCCCAAGCACAGAAGAAAGUCCUCAAAGAAACGAACAUACUAAAGUAAAGACUACGUAUUCUUCUCCAAUACCAGAUGAUAAUCUUUAUGAACCUGUUGAACCAGAUAUAUGCAAAGAGAAACCAGUUGAGAAGAAAAAACCUUCGCUUGAACAGGAAACGAUACAAAACGAUCAUCCUCCACGAGAUCAUGAGGGAGAAAAAGAAGAUGGAAAAAAAGACCAACAAGAAGACGAACCAGUUUUGAUUACAGCAAAAAAAACUGUCGGUGCAGUAGCCAUGCCUGGUAUGGGUGCUGUGCUAGAUAGUGGAAUUUUGGCUGAAAUGAAACAAAAGCAAAAGUUGUCAGAGAAUAGUAAGAACUCUGAGCCAGAUGAAACAAAAAAAGCAGAGCAGCAGUUAGAUGUUAAGAAACCUCUCGCAAAAGAAUCUGUGUCAGAUGGAAUUUUGGAUGAAAUGAAACGUAAACAAAAGUUGUCGGAGAAUAGAAAGAACUCUGCACCAGAUGAAACAAAACAAGACAAGCAGAUAGAUAGUAAGAAAGCUCCAGCAAAGGACUCUCCUACGGAACUUAUAAAUGUUCCAAAAACGGAAACCCAUGUGAAUAUCACAACCAAACAAUCAUCAUCUCCCAAAGCUGUACGUCAGCCAGGAUCUCCAAAACCAUCACCACGGAAACUAUCUAAAGGAAAUGAAGCAGAAGGAGAACCGGGAGAACUAAAAUCAUCUCCACUACUACUGCGACGUGCAUCAGGCAGUCCUAAGACCAUAUCACCAGCUACAAGUCCUAAGCCAAAGCAUAGAAUGCUGCUUUCCAAGCAAACUGACUCUGCACCUAAGACAGCUGCUGCUCUUUAUUCAGAAGUAAAAGCUAAAUCUGCAGAAGCCGUUAAUCCAACGCCAAGGCCAAGAUCAUCACAAGUCAUCACAACUAGACCACUAUCCUCUGUACCAGCAACUACAACAGACAAAGAAUCCAAGGACUCUGUGAGUCCAGUUCCAAGACCCAGAUCUAGAGCUAUUUCUGGAGCUCAUCCACCCACGGAAGUGCCAUCUUCACCUACAUCCAAACCUGCAAAACCAGCUAAACCUGCUAAGCCCCCGCCCAUUAUGCCAAAACCAGUUACGAAAAGACCAAGUUCAAGAAUAGGUGGGUCACCUCCGGUUGUCAGGAAAACUCCACCAUCACUAAGAGCAGAAGGAGAAGUAGUCAGAGAAAAACAAAAGUUUUCCGUGAAAGAAAGAGCAAAUAUAUACAGCAAAGGAGGUGUUCCGAAACACACACCGGAAACAUCUUUACCGCUUACUGCCAACACUGAGGCUGAUUCUGGUAAGUUUUGCUUCAUGAUCUGAUUGUAGAAAUAUUGACAUUAGUUGCAUCAAUAUAAUUAGCUUCAUUGUACAUCCAG